AUGAGGGUUUCACGGCUUUUUGUUGCAGUCGCCUUGGGCGCAGCGACAUCAUGUCUCGGUGCCGAAACAAAGGAAUGCGACACUACUACUGACGUGGACGAGAAUGGUACAAAGGCCCUCGAACUACACACCCCCGACCAGCUGGACGCGCUUGAGGGGUGUACGACGCUAAAUGGAAAUAUUGUUAUUCAGUCAGAAUACGAGGGCAAAUUUAUUCUCAAUGAAGUGACUGACUUCAACGGAGAUAUCUCCACGGCUGGUGAUGGCGCACCUGAUUUAGAUCUGUUCGAGAUGCGCGAUCUUGAAGGGAUCGAUAAUAUUCACCUUGCUCUUGCCGGCGACGUUCACCUACCGAAGCUGAAUAGAACGAGAGACGUCGAGCUUAUUCAAAAGUCGGAAAGUGGCGAGAUAGAUCUGAGAUCGUUGACCGAGGCCGACAAUGUGUCCAUUAAGGGGAGUUGGUCAAGCACAAAUUUCAGUUCGCUGAAAACCGUCACUAUGACUUGUGAAUUCUGUGGCUCUGAGGACUGUGGCAUUUCUGGAACUGACAAGAAUAUUCCUUAUAUCGUCGUUGACCUUCCCUCGCUCGAGAAAGCAGAUUACUUCCAAGUGGUGGGGACAGUGAAAAGCGUAUUCCUGCCUAAGCUAGAAGUGGUGGGAUACAUAGAGCAGACUGGCCCUUCGACUCUCCAAGGGCUGCGGAUCAACAUCGAAUGGGGCUAUGAAGAAACACUGGAUUUUGACGCUCCAAAUCUUCAUACCUUGAAUGGAACGCUUGAAGUUUACGGUGGUGUAUCUAGUCUCAGCUUGGGUUCCUUGGGCAAAACAACUGUCGGCGCUGAAAUAACCACGAGAAUUCCUCUCGACCUCUACUCGACUAUUCAAACUGCUAGAUAUUUCAGGAUAUGGGGUGAGCUACACAGCAUCUAUCUACCCGCCAUGGAGGAUUUAGGAGCUGUCGACCUAGAGUAUUCCCCAAGAUUACCUUGUAAUGAUACGCUCUACAAAUUGUGGGAAGGACAGUCCGAAAACUCGAGCUUUUGGAAGGAGUUGAAUUCAUGCCUCAAUUACGACUUUCCACAAGAAAAUGAAAAGACAGGCCAGACCAGUACAACUAUCACCACUACCCCUACUCCUACAGAGACUGCCACCCCUACCGCUACAACGAACACUGAGAGCACAGAGAUCACGAGCAGUGGCGGCAGUGCCAGGACGGCUGCCGAUAACCCAGAUAGCACCGAGAACCCAUCUCCUGGGAAUGAUGCUCGCCAGGCAUUCUCCAUUCCCGUGACCACCGGUACGGGACUGAUGAUAAUGACCGUCAUACUGGCCUCUUUCUACUGGUAA